AUGGAAUGGAACGAGUUCAUGACUCAAAGUGAAAUAGAAGAAGUGGAAAAAAUGAUCCGAGAUAAAGAAAGCAUUAUCUCUCAAAUCAAGCCAAGAAACGAAGAAAUCCGCUUGCCUUCAUAUGAAAACUAUGAAGACUUGCUUAGAUCAGACUAUCUAAAUAAAUUGAGUGAUGAUGAAAGAAGGAGGCUGGUCCCUAAUUCCGUUCGAAAAUUCAACGACGCCCGCUAUGAAGGAGACUUGCUAAAUGACAAGCGGCAUGGUCUAGGCAAGAUGAUUUAUGAUAAUGGAAGAGUUUACUUUGGAGAAUGGAGAAAUGAUGUCCGCCAAGGAAGAGGGGUUGAGCAUUAUUCAAAUGGAAAUAAAUAUACUGGAGAUUUCGCCAAUGGAAAAGCACAUGGUAUUGGAGUGUAUACGUGGAACAAUGGAGAAGUCUAUCAAGGGGAGUGGGUAAGUGGAGUCAAGCAUGGCAAAGGAAAAUGGACAAGUCCGAAUGGGGAUUGCUAUAUUGGUGACUGGAGUGACUCUAAAGCGCAUGGAUGGGGAAAACAUACGUGGUCUAAUGGAGAUGCAUAUGAAGGCGAAUGGAAUGCUUGCAUUAAGCAUGGGAGAGGCAUUGAGACUUAUGUGGAAACUGGCGAUAAGUACGUUGGAGAAUUCUUGGACGGAAAGCCACAUGGUUAUGGAAAAUAUACGUAUAGAAAUAAUACAAUUUAUCAAGGAAUGUUUCAGGAUGGGAAAAAGCAUGGCAAAGGAAAGAUUGUUACAGCUCAAGGACAUAUAUAUAUUGGAGACUUUAGAAAUGAUGUAAAAGAAGGAAAAGGGUACUUUGUGUGACCAUCAAAAAAUGAAUAUAGAGGAGAAUUUAAAGGAGAUAAACGAAAUGGAAAAGGGAAAAUGAAAUGGAAUGAUGGAUCAUGCUAUGCUGGGGACUGGGUGGAAGGAAUUCAGCAUGGAUACGGCAACAUGACUUUUACUGACGGAAGAAAGCCAAAGAUUGGAAGAUUCAAUCAAAACCAUUUUGAAGAAGAAAGCAUUGCUUACUGUCCCAUUCCAUGAGUGAACAAACCCAUUGGAAAAAUCCCUAUUUUUAGGUAAAAAUCCAUCCUCUGUGAGAGAAAAAAAAUUGUUUAUUAAAAAUAUUUAGAUAUAAGUGACAAUUAUUACAAUUAAAUCUAUAGCUAAUUCUGCUUAAUUUUAAACAGCUUUCAUUAAAAAUAAAUUUCACAAAACUAAUAUUCGCUUAAAGUUGGUUUUUUUUAAAUUUUGUAAAAAGAUUUUUACUCUUAAAUUUAUAAAUUUGUUAAAAACAAAUCAAUCAAGCCUCUGUAAAACAUUUUUUUGUUAGUUUAAGCUGAAAGACAGUUAA